UACAUCGUACUUUUUUCAUUCCAUACUUAAUAUAUGUAAAACCUUUCGGAGCAGCAACAUGCAACUUGGUAUUAUUUGCCUUAUCAUAAUGUUACAAGCUGGAAAAAACGAUUGCGGCAUAAAAAGUCACGCUGAACUAAUACGCUUAGCGAUAAAAGCGGAUAAUAAAAUUAAGGACCUUAUCCAUAAUGUCUCAGGUUUUGUAAAUGGCAACUCUGAGUUUAAAGAAAAGUACGAAAACCUAAGGAUCCCGUUGAUGGAAAAUUAUACAAGUCUACCAACUAAAUUAGCGCAUAUUCGAGAAUUCAAGGCUUACAACAAGGAAAGACUUAAUUUAGAGGAAGGAAUCAAAUCAGCCAUUUCUAAGCUACACACAACAAUGUCAGAAGAUUGCCAAAAGCUCAGUGCAAAGCUUCGUAAGCAACUGUUAUUAAUGUUGGUCGCCACCAAUAAAAAAAAGAUUGAUGCCUUAGAUAACUUUGAAAAAGGAUCUUGCCAAAGGCAGUCAAGCACCUCUAAUAUUACACCUUCCUCCGUUAGGUCCAUUACUUAUAAUCCGAGUGCACUCUUAACAUUUCCGUCAAAAAACAUUUGUAAAAGCUCCCUUAAAGUCUCUGACCUUUGUCUAAUUAACGAAACAAAGAUGACAUACACCUCUAGCAUGCCAUCUAAUUUAACGGAAGAUACGAUCUUGCCAAAGGCAGUCAAGCACCUCUAAUAUUACACCUUCCUCCGUUAGGUCCAUUACUUAUAAUCCGAGUGCACUCUUAACAUUUCCGUCAAAAAACAUUUGUAAAAGCUCCCUUAAAGUCUCUGACCUUUGUCUAAUUAACGAAACAAAGAUGACAUACACCUCUAGCAUGCCAUCUAAUUUAACGUUUUCGUUAUCCUAUCCUGCGCGUACUGGAAAUAUUUUUGUGUAAUGCGGUCGAAAUAAGCGUCCUCCAACGCCAAUUUAUUCUUAAAAGCGACUGUAAGAAUACAAAUUAUAUAUUAUUAUACAAAUUACAUUAUUAUAUAUAAAUAAAAAAUAAAUUGUUAGAUUUUAAUUAUUGCAAACAACUUGCAUUAUACCUUACCAGAAUGUUUUUUAUCCUCAGCUGGCGGCUCUAGAGUUACCAACUCCUGGGUGUCUCUCUCCAUGUUAAAGAAAUUUUCUUAGUCCAUUUUCUGUUAAUUAAUUACAUCUCCUUAUGUAAAUAUGAAUAGAACUGUCUAUGAAAUGCAUUAUUUUUCCUGAUAUCUCGUCCAUUUUAUGCUGCCAAACUUGAAGUCGAAAUUAAGGCUCGCUGAUGAAAAAAUGUCUACACGACCAGAACUAAUCGGAUAGGUGUCGAAUGAGUCUAUGUCAUCAAUUAAACGGCUAUGUAAGCUAUUUUCAUUGAUAGAAAAUAUUUUGAAGAUUUUAUAGAUGCCGUUUUUCUUGAUAUAAUAAAAACUAUUUGCAUCUAUUUAAUUGAAAUUUAAAUACUUGAAAGAAAGUUUAGCGAGACCACUAUUAAAUUCUUUUUCCUUGACAAUAACAUUUAAAUUACAGCGUUCAAUUAUACGAUUUUAUAUAUAUAUAUUUUUGUUUAUCCAUUUUUUUUAACUGUCCAAGAAAGUUUACGAAGGGAAAUUCACUUAUUGUCUGCAAAAAGCCAAAUACUAAGUAUUGUUUGCUUAAAUGUGUGAGACAGUGGUAGUUAAAAGAUAACAUGGAAGACAAAUAUCGUUGCGGCAUUUCUUUUACAAAAUUAUUUAGCACCGUAGAAGCAAGAUAAUUUGGGAUAUACAGUACUCACUGUCAAAAAGAAUUCGUAUUCCCCAACUUAACAGUAAAAAAAUAGUUGUAUUCAAGAGAAUCUAAAAUGUUUUUUAAUACAACAGGUCCAGUAUACAAAACUAAUGUGCUAAAUUCUGAUGCUUUAAAUCGUUCGAGAUCAUCAAGCAAACGAGGCUUUCUAUUAAACUCUACUGGAAAAAUAGGCUUUAACGCAAUUUGCCUUGCAUACAAUGAAGAUAUUAAGUUUCGAAAAUGGAUGCUCUUACUCUAACUAGGGCAGUAGAGAUUUUAUGACUCCUAAGAAAACAAUAUGCACGUAGUCUGCUUAGGAGUCAUGAAAUCAUUGGGAAAUUGAAUAACUAGAUCAAUUGGGAGAAUUAGUUGGUUUUGUAAAUUGUGAUGUUCCGGCUGCAAUCUAUUUCUGAAGCUAUGAUCUGUUCGCGGAAGGUUCUUAGACAAUUUUAAAACCAUGCGUCUCUGAAAACUUUUGUCUUUUUGAAGGCACUGGUUACAGGAAUAAAAACCGGAGUGUGGUGUUUCACACCCAAAAUAAACGCUCUGGCUGGCGCCAGAGCGUUUGCGGUUCCUAUUUCGAUAAUUAGGCAAACCUCUUGCGAUAAGUCCGCUAUUUUGCCGUCCACUCUACGUUUUAGUGUCCGUUAGCAAUACUUUUUCGGACUUAUUUUGAGGAACGCCACAGUUUCGAUUUUUGUCCGUUCUAGCGUCCGUUUUUGAGCAUUUUUGAGUUUUGGGCAGAAAAAGGAGUAAAAUUUCCUAUAGUGACAAUUAUCUACGCUUGCGUGAGCCCACACUAUUCGUUUCUGCUUCCUUUUUACCGUUUUCAUCUUUGGUUUGCUGCGAAAAUUUACAGUUAGAAUUUCAAUAGAUAUAAGUUAACUACUUUGCUGGUAUCAAGGUAAAAAGUAAAAGAUAUUGGAGUUCAGUUAAGAACGACUUUAUUUGUAUAAA